AUGGCGAGGCGACGCCAUACACAAAUAACAGAAAGGAGCAGAGCAGAGCACGAGUACAAGAAGCAGAGCAGAGAAAGAAGGGGGAGGAAAAGCAGAGCCGCAGUGGAAAGUGGGAUGGAGGAUUGGAGGAAGAACAGAGGAAGGAGAGGCCAAGAGGGGAGAGCAUACCCGCAGAGUGGAGCCGGUGAUGGAGGAGGCGGCGGAGAAGUCCUGGAGACGGUCGCAGAUGGGGCGGGAGUCGCGGCAGGAUUAACGGCCACGGAUGGGGCGGGAGUCUCGGUCGUGGACGGGGCGGAAGUCGUGGACGCGGAUGGGACGUGGGUCGCGGACUCAGGGUCGCAGGCGCCGCCGGCCCGCCGCUCGAUUUCAGAAAGAAAAUUAAUCUCUGAGAGUUGGGUAAUCUUCUUCUUCCGGGUUAUACAGAUUAGCUUGAUGUCUUUCCUGAGACUGUUGCCUCAAAGACUACCCCAACUUAUCAGGCAGGUGGAGCAAGAUGUUGAGACUGUAAUCCACGUUCUCCAGCCAGGUCCAAUAGGGAUUGUGGAGCACAAAUUCACAGAUGCAGAGAUCUUGGAGGCCAGGGCCACAGUGAAAAGAGCAGUGGAUAAUUGGCGAACAAAUUGGACCCUUGAGAGAAAUCUUGGCAGCACGACUUUUGAUAAAUGGCAAUAA